AUGAAAUCUGGAGGAAUUUUUAAGCCAGGGGGCUCGAAAGAUUCGGGAGCAGAGAGAACUGAAAUUGACGUUGGAGAUUGUGAUGUGACAGGGUACGACUUCUCGGACCGUUUUGAGAACAUUUUUGAGGCACAAGGCUUGUUGUGGUUUUUGAUAUCCCAAGUCUUGAAAGAAUGGGAAACUUAUAAAACCGAAAUCGACCUUGGACUUGGUCAGGCUCGGUUCCGAAAACUCGAUAAAAAUUGCGUUUCGCUCGGAUUUGCUUUCAGCUAUCUGGUUCGAAGCCAGAACUGUGCUGGAAGAGAAGAAAACAUUCGUUGUAAUUUUCAUGAGAAAGAUAUAACAAAGAUGAGCAAUGUUUAG